AUGAACGCGGCGGCGGCGAGGAGGAGAGAAUCGCCGAUUGGAAUUGUGAAUUUUUUAUCAAAAUCGAAUUUUCCGUCGUUGAAUGCUUACAUUGCGCUGUCAUUGGUGAUCACGCUGAUCGCCACCGGAACAAUUGCCACCGCGUUCCACUCGCAACCUGAGCUUCGCACACUCAUCAAAGAGGAAUUACGGAAUCACACCCGACUAUCGAAAACGUUCGGAUUGGAUUUGGAAUAUCUGUCGACGUUGACGUCGUUUCAAGUCGUUCAUUAUGUUUUAUCAGAUUCCACACUUAUUUGGGUCGCAAUCAAUUCGUAUUUCGCGUUUCUCGCGAUCAUCUCGAAAUUGAUGAUUCGCGUGGUGUUCAAAGAGCUCUCACGCCAGGAAGAAGCGUUGGCUCGACAUGCGUUCUUCUCGUAUACAUUACUGAGUAUUGUGUAUCUUUCGGUCAUCACGGGACCACAAAAAUCGCAGCGAGUCCUCCCAUGGAUGGUGUGGACCGGAAUAUGUGGAUUCAUUUCCAAUUUGCAGUUUAUCACUUGUCAACGAUUAAGAUAUAUUUCGCCGUCAUGCGGUCAAGGCGGUUUGAAGAUGUCCUUCUUGUCGCUUGUCAUAUUCUUCAUAUCGCUGUUAAUGUCAAUUCUUGUGCUCCGAUUCCAUUCGCUCAUUUCCUGGCAACCCGCCAUACUACUUUAUAUUGAUUGCCUGUUGGCGAUUGUCCGAUCGUCGUAUAUUCUGUUCCGGUGCAUCUCAUCAUCGCGCGUGUUCUCGUUCAAUCCCGACUCGGUGCGAUAUUUCAAUUAUUGGCUCGAACUCGGCUCGAAUAUCACUUGCGAUUUUUUGCAAAUGAUCAACUACGCUCAACUAUUAUUGGUCUCGCCUGGAUUCAACCUAACUUGUCUUUUCUUCUUGUAUCACAUCAAACUUUCAUAUCAUUUGAUUGCCGAUCAACUCAGUCGCCAUCGUGGGCACAAACGAAUUUUUGCGCACAUUGAAGCCACUUAUCCUUGUGUCAAAUGCGAGAAUAGCGAUGAUCGAUGUGUUGUGUGCUGGGAGCUCCUCGGCCAAUCGCGUCGGCUUCCAUGCAGCCAUCAAUUCCACGAUUGGUGUCUGAUGUGGUGGAUGGCGCAGGAUUCGUCUUGUCCGACGUGUCGCACGGUCAUUCCGUCGCCUCUCGACGAGCCAUCAACGGCUGCUGCAGCGACUCCGGCGGCGGCGGCAGAGAGAAAUGACUCAAAUGUGACAUUCCGAUUCAACGGAGGAAAUUUCGCGUUUGUGCGCCUUCCUGCGUUCACGAUUGAGAUCUCGACGGGUCUUGGUCCGCUUUUUGGACGAGCUCCUGAACCGACUGAAGAGCAACUUCAGGCGAUGCUCGAACAGGUUCGCGAAGUUGUGCCGCAGACAUCGACCGAGCUCAUAAUGGCUGAUCUGCGAGCGUCGGGAUCCGCGCAAUCGACGAUUGAGAACAUUCUUGAGGGUCGCGUUGGUUUUGGUGGCACAAAUCAACUUUUGCCAGACGUUCUUGACUCGGAAGAGCUUGAUAGCGAAGCUGAUGGCGAAUUCGAUGAAUCGAUUGAUUCGACGAUUUCGACGCUUGAUGAUCGAGAAAGGACGUGGACGAAGGGCGAGCCGACCGAAGAAAUGACGUAUUUUGAAUUGCAACGGCAGAAAAUGAUUGAGAAAUAUCGAAAAAAAUACCUUGCAUCGAGCAAAGGCGCCGAUUUGCGAGCAAAAGGGAUUGUCGAAUAG